UUGUUCACUGUCAGAAAGCAGUGGAAAAAAAGAAAGAUGCAGUCUUUGUCUACCUGAAAUAUUGACUUCAAAUCAAAUCCCCCCAACCCCACCACCAUUAAACAAACAGUGGAUUUCUUCACUGAUGCUAAGCCUUUAACACACGAUGUACAAUAAUCCUGAAAAUUUCAGUGACACCCGAAGAAACCCCAUCAUCCCCUACCCCCUCCACCACCCCAUCAUGAUCCCCAUCCCCCUGCCACCUUUCUCCGCCGCUGGCGGUGGUGAUGAUGAUGAGUUUCCAAGGAGAGACGAGAGGUUCCCUCAAUGGAGCAAUCAAGAAACAAGGGACUUGAUUGAAAUCAGGGCUCAGAUUGAAUGGGGCUUCACCACGACGAAGAGGAACAAGAAUUUGUGGGAAAUGGUGGCCAAUAGAAUGAGGGAGAAGGGCUACAGAAGAACCAUUGAUCAGUGCAAAUGCAAGUGGAAGAAUCUUGUUAGCAGAUACAAGGGGCAAGACGCAUCUGAUCCAGACAAUGGUCGACAGUGUCCAUUUUUUGACGAGCUGCAUGCGCUAUUUACAACAAGAGAGAAUAAAAUGCAACAUGCUCAGCCCAACUUGGAAACCGGUUCCUUGAAAGGAAGGAAGAGACUUAAAAACAUUUCUGGAGAUCGAUCCCACGAAGAAUACUCACAAGAACGAGACGAUGAAGAAGAGACUGGUAUUGAUCAAGCUGAAACAGGGACAGUUGCUCCGAAGAGGAAGGCUGGUGGAGAAAAGAAACGAAAAACUGGACAACUGGAGAAACAAUUAAAUAAUAAUGACAGUAUCCUUGCUAGCAUACAGGAGAUGCUGCAAAGUUUCAUCGAACAGCAAGAGAGGAUUGAUAUGCAGUGGAAGGAGUCAAUGGAGAAAUGUGCUCAAGAAAGGGAGAAUGGCGCGAAAAAAUGGAGAAACUUGAGAGAGAGAGGCUGGUGA